CUAUUCCAAGAGGGUGAAAGGCUAGAAGCGUCUCUGCGAGCCUUCCAUCUUGGCGGCCUCAUCCCCCAUCAGCCAAAUCUCGAAGCAUCGAUGACGGAGGUAGGUAGCUCGCAUGCCCAGUGGUGGGACCUCCCAGCGGCCCGGGCACCCCCCUUUCGUGGAACCGUAGCGAGCAUAAGACGCAAAUCGAUAAAUGCCGUCAUGGUUGUGACGGCAUGCAUUUCUGUUUUCGCGGUUUACUCGUACGGAGUACCUGCAUGCCAUGUCGCUGGCUUGCUUCACGCGUCUAUUACCCCCGAUACACUUCGCCCAGGCACCAAAAUUGAAAAAUUUGAAAGUAGACUCUCAAAUCUGCUCUACAAAUAUCGUGCAAUACGUCUAUUCGGUGUUUGGAUCGCCAUUGGCCUCCAUAUAUCUGUACCUAUACACUUUAUCCCUCGUCCAGAUUUCACUUCUCCCCUUAGGUGAGAGCCGGACAUGAAAGCAGGUUGUACUGUACGUACAUCUAAAAUACUUCUAUCUUGACAUUUCGAUAGUCG